AUGAGUUCCCGGAAAUUACCGUUGUCAGCAAGAGCCAAGACCACUGCUUUGAAACAACCGAAAGAAGUGUUUACAUUUACUCGAGACAUCGAAGGUAAAUACCACUAUAACGCUGAACAUUCUCAUGAUGGAUUAUCCUAUUACUAUCUCCCAGACUCCAAAAUCGACACAAGAAUCGAUUUGCAACUGGGGUUUAAACACUUUAAACAAAUCCCACUCGAGGAGAAUUUGGGUGAUUUUCACCCAUUUCUUGAGGCUAUAAUGAAGUACGAACAAGAAGGCUCAUCGCGGUUGUCUGGGGAUAUUGUGACAUUUCGCGGUAUAAUGACCAAAAUUCUCUCUUUGCCAUAUAAUCUUACGGACCCGUUGGAUUUGGUUAUCGUGCCAUUUGAUGGGCAGCUAUUCAUAAACUUUGACUUUGAGAUUGAACUCAAGAGACGCCAGGAACAAGAAGAUCGCACUCGACAAACUACAACAAAGGAAAAAUACGAACAUUUGAAGAAGUUGGAAUAUUCAGGAUACAAGUUCGAAGCGAUUGCCACCAUCCCAGACACAUGGGCGAAUGUUUCUCGCAAAACAAUAGAGAGUCGACAUAAAAAACAUGUGAAUAAUUAUGAACAAUUCAUGUCGGUUAUCAAAACAGGUAUAGGUAAUCAAAAGCUUAUCCUUGCCGGCGAAGUUGAUUGUUGUUGGGACUAUGUCCCUGAACAACCUAGUCAGAUAUUGAACCAUUAUGUCGAAUUAAAAACACUGCGUGUUAUCGAAACAAACAAUCAGGUGGUCAAUUUUGAAAAAAAACUAUUCAAGACUUGGUGCCAGUGUUUUCUAAUGGGUGUGGGUAAAGUAGUUUAUGGGUUCCGUGAUGAUUCUUUGAUACUUCGUAAUGUCGAGUUUUACAAUACGGAAGAAAUCCCCGUAAUGAUCAAAAAUAAUCCAUUAAACAGUACACCACAAGGCCAACAAAAUAAGAUCAACUGUACCAGCGCUUUAAAAUGGUACGGCGCUGUUGUUGAAUGGUUGAACGAUUCUAUCGAUAAGAACGAUGAACUGAAGAGCUAUAGUUUGAAAUAUAGUCCCUUGCACAAGACUUUUAGCUUGGACGAAAUCAAAGGUGAAAAGAAUGAUCAAUUGAGAAAUGGUGGCCUAUUGAGCGAAGAAUUCAAGACAUGGAGAGUUCUGCAGAGGAAAAACCAGUUGAGCUAG